AGCCGGGGCGGAGGGGGCUCCGGGGCCGACAUGGCGGCGCCGCGGCCCUGCGCGGACGGCUCUUGCUGCUCCUGGACGGGUGCGGCGUCCGGCGUGCAGCAAACGCUGGACGAGAUGGACUUCGACAGGGGAAUCUGGUCGGCAGCCCUGAAUGGAGACCUAAGCCGAGUGAAAUAUUUCAUCCAGAAGGCAGCAGACCCUAGCCAGCCCGACUCGGCUGGCUACACGGCUCUGCACUAUGCCAGCCGCAAUGGGCACUAUGCCGUGUGCCAGUUCCUGCUGGAGAGCGGGGCUAAGUGUGACGCCCAAACGCACGGGGGCGCCACCGCGCUGCACCGGGCCAGCUACUGUGGGCACACCGAAAUCGCACGCCUCCUGCUGUCUCACGGGUCCAACCCUAGGUUGGUGGACGACGAUGGCAUGACCAGUCUGCACAAGGUACGUGGAGACAGAGUUGGAAACAAAGUGUCGGGAUGUGGACAUGGAGUUCCUGAUCCUGGAGGCGGGCCUGGGGUCUGGAGGCUGGGAGCCCAAGAGGCCGUGGCCCGGGAGCGGUGGAAACUGGGAGAAGAGAAGAAAGCAGUGCUGGGGAUGGGGGGUGGCAGGUGCCAACCUCGAGGCGGGCAGGCUCUGAGCCCCGAGGACCUCGGGUGGCUGGGGUCCCUCCUGUGGGCGGGAGAGGCGAGGGCCAGACCAACCCGGAGCCUGUCCCUGAGGCCUUGGCACCCUGUGGCUGACCGCUGGUCUGCUCUUGUGCCCCAGCUUGAGAGAUUUAACAGCUCCAGACUGAAUCUGGAGACUCUGGCUGACCUGGAAAACGGUUCAAAGAUGGGGGGGAGAGGUGACUGAAAUGCAGAGUCCCCCCUAGGGCACGUGAGCCCGUGGUUAAGGUGAGAAGUCGGGGUGGGGUGGGGGGGUGAACACCUGGGGCUUGAGUUUGUGAGGAAGCACUUCCUGUCCCUGCGGGAGGGCUUGGGGAAGAGCAGACACCGCCAGGGCCUGCUGAGCUGGACAGACUCCGUUCUGGAGGCCCCACAGCCCUCCAGGACCACACACGCAGUGACUUCAACAGAGAUUGAUUCUCCCAGUUCUGGAGGCUGGAAGUCUGAGAUCAAAGUCUGACGGCUGUGGGAGAGAAUCUGUCCCCGCCAGUCUUCUAGCUUUUGGUGCUUGGUGGCUAGCUUUGGUAUGCCUCGGCUUGUGGGUGCCUCCCCCCGAUCUCUGCCUGAGUUCACAUGACACUCACACUAUGCCGCUGUGCCCACGUCCCCUUUCAUUAAGAACACCAGUCAUUGGAUUAGGGCCCACUUUACUCGCGUGACUUCAUCUUAAUUACAGCCGCAAUGACCCUAUUUCCAAAUAAGGCCGCAUUCUGAGGUCCUGGGGUUGGGACUUCAACAUAUAAACUUGGGGGGGGGGGCACGGCAACCCAUAAUGGGUGUAAUAGGUGCUCCGUCGGUCCGAAUCUGGGGUGGGGAAGGGGGUUAAGAAUUACAGUUUGGAGCAGCCACCAACCAACAUGUAGUCCUCAGCCGGCUCUUGGGAGCUGCUAGGCUAGACUGGUGAAGACCGCGUUUUGCGAAAG